CAUUGAUUGCUCCCAGUAACCGGGUGCACUUUCAAACAUUCCGCACCACAGUUGCCCGCACCGUCCUCUUCUCACACUCACAUUUCCCCAGCCCAAUGGAACGCGUACAUGGAUCGCCUCCGGUCGCAGCAGUUUUCAUUGUGAUUUUCGACCAAAAAGUUGGCUAUACCGUCGCGCGCAAACGAACGCUCGCCGAUGUGGACUUAGAUGGCGUCGAAUUCAAGAGCCUUCCUUCCGGACUUCAUGCUGUCAAAGAGGAUCUCAUCUACUUUGUCCACGGGAAAUAUGCUGGAAUUAGCGUCUUCGUACAAGGCGAGGCCGAUGCCAAGCAGCGCAACGCAACCUUUGUCGCCGUCGGAGUGCUGGUACCAUUGAGUCAAGGUCAAUUGGGACGUGGAUGGAUGCAUGCGGAAGAGCUACGAGUUUUGGUCAAAGAAGUCAUCAAGGACACCGCAGACACAAGGCAUCUUGAGUUGUUCUGGAAGAAGCACAGGGCGGAUGAGACAGCCGUGACAGCUUCGAGUUCAGUUGCAAUACCAGCAUCACCCACCUCAGAUAACAAAAAGAGGAAGCGCACGUCUUCCGUGAGCACGUUUGCUAGUUUGAACACUGACGCACUAUGGCCCGCGGAUCAUCCAGCGCUGUCGAUACCGCUGCUCCUCGAUUCAUUCGGACCUCUAAUAUUUCCCUUACAUCGUGCUGCGCUCCUACGAAAACGAAUUCUCUUUCUGGGCAGCACACCAGUCCAGAAGAAUUGCAAUGCUGUGUACAAUGCAUCUGUUUUAUCGAAUGUUCCACAAUCCCUAUACGAAACCCUCCCUCCUUCGGCUAAACCCAUCUUCCAAUGUCGGCCUUUGUUUAGUGUCGGAAUACAGGAGAUGCCGAUUCUGUGUUCAAAUAGUGGCGAGAAAGCGGGCUGGAUCGCAUGCACGACCGACGACAUUCUGAGCGAGAAGAAGGACUUAUACGACCUCCUGGUAGAACUCCCAGGAACUUCACGAUCAAAAGGCCUCUGGCCCACGCUGCAGACAUCAGAUGGGGAAAUCAUCAAAGCCUCUCAAAGGGACCUUCGCCGUUGGAGACAAUUACGGAAUGAACUCAAACGUCUAAGGGAUCUCGCGCAAGAAGGAUACACUGACGAACCGGGAGCAGAGCCCAUCGAUGACGAUGAGCAGCCAUUGAUACAGCCCCACGAAACGGAAGAGGAUGCAGAGGCUGCUCCACCUCCAUCGAAGGACGAGAAUGACGUGGUGGAGCCAUCCUCCUGGGCAGCACUCGCAUGUAGAAGCUUCAUGUGGUGGGCGUCUGCAGGCGAAGCCAGCGCGUGGGAAAACGAACAAGCUCAAGCCGAUGAACAACUAUUACUCGAUCUUCCAGACGUGGCCGGGAUACUGGAAUCUGCCGGAGACGAUGAUGAUGAGGAUGACGACGCGGUCGCGCGACGGAACCAUCGUGAUCUGUAUUUCUCAAGAGCUGCUGCGACUGUCGUGUUGGCUUACUUCCGACGCGUCACCGAGAACCUCUUCAAGGCCAUGACGGUUGUGGUCGAAGAGGCUGACGACGAGACGGAAGAAGGGAUCGCUGAGGAUGCCAUCACGGUUGAUCUCGAUCAUGUCCGUGAGAUGGGCCUCGAUACCUGGAGUGGUUUGGACAAGGCGUUCGUCAUCGAGAUGCUGAGAGUUUGGUACAAUCGUGAUGCGGUGAUUGCCGGCGGAGGCGUACGAUUAUGCGGCUUACGAAUCUGCUAGUGAUUGGAGACGUGGAAGAGAUGAUAAUGGAAAUUAAAGCGCUCUGUUGCGGUUCAAAUUUGGUCGUACAUCGGCAUGUAAUCAAAGUAUCUCGUCUCGGAUGCCCAGAUAUCAUAUUCUACAUUAACAUAUUCGUGCUUGCCGCACAACCGCCAAGUCAGGAAGGUAGCAUUGCUACAGACUCUGUGUAUAUGAGCUUUGGGGCGAUUGUUUCGGCACACUGCAAGUCGCUGCGCCCCUUCGUUCAGCUGCCUAGCCAGGUCACACGGCUUGAUUGAGGCGGCAGCCUGACCUAGCGCUCCUCUGGCCUGGGCAUACCAGAUGAGUCCCCUUGAUCGGAAGCCUGAAAGCG